AUGGAUAGAUCUUGGAUGCUUAAGGACCGGAGAUCAAAAGACUAUGAUGAUGGAGUUGAACAAUUUCUGAACUUUGCUUCCAUUCAUGCUAAGGAUCUUGAAUCUAUUCGGUGUCCAUGUAUACAAUGUGGGAACUUAAUAAGACAACCUAUUCCAGAGAUAAGAAAUCAUUUGUUUGUAAAUGGUAUUGAUAGAAGUUAUCGUACAUGGAUAUGGCAUGGAGAACCAGUCACUGGUAGGGCAUCACUGAGUGUAAACACUCGAGAUUUUUCAUAUCCGGAAGUCAAUUCACCCCCCUUAAAUGAUGCGCAAGAGGCAGUAGAAAUGGUUGAAGCUGCCUACAAUGAUUGCAUGGUUGACCCUAGGAAGUUCAAAAAGUUAAUUAAAGAUGCAGAAAAACCAUUGUUCCCCGGCUGCACAAAGUUCACAAAAUUAUCUGCCUUGGUCAGAUUAUAUAAAUACAAAGCUAACAAUGACUUGACCAAUAAAGGUUUUGCAGAGCUUCUGCAAAUGGUUGGUGACUUGUUACCAGAUAUCAAUGAACUGCCGUUAUGCAUAUACGAGGCUGGGAAGACUAUGGCUGCAUCAAGGAUGGAGUAUGAGAAAAUACACGCAUGUCCUAAUGAUUGCGUACUUUAUCGAAAGGAGUUAAAAACUGCGACUUCAUGUCCUACAUGUAACACAUCAAGAUGGAAGUUAAAGAAAAAUUUCACCGAAAUAAGAGAUGGUGUUCCGGCAAAAGUUUUAUGGUACUUCCCCAUAAUCUCAAGGUUCCGAAGGAUGUAUCAGUCAGUAGAAACAACAGAAAACUUGACAUGGCAUGCUCAUCAAAGAGAGUCUGAUGGCCAAUUACGUCACCCAGCAGAUUCCCCGCAAUGGAAGUUAGUAGACCAUCUUUGGCCAGACUUUGCCUCGGAGCCAAGAAACCUUCGGUUAGCUCUUUCUGCAGAUGGGAUAAAUCCACAUAGGUUCCUUAGCAGUCAGUAUAGUUGCUGCCCUGUUAUUUUGGUUACGUACAAUCUACCACCGGGAUUAUGCAUGAAGAAGAAAUUUAUGAUGUUAUCACUGUUGAUUUCUGGUCCACACCAACCUGGUAAUGACAUUGACGUGUUUUUGGAGCCACUAAUCGAUGACUUGAAAUUGCUAUGGAAAGAAGGAGUUGAAGCAUAUGACGCUUAUAAGCAACAACAUUUUAGGUUGAGAGCCGUGCUAUUAUGGACUAUUAAUGAUCUUCCAGCUUUUGGGAAUUUGAGUGGUUGCACAGUGAAGGGAUACUAUGCAUGUCCAAUUUGUGGUGAAGGGACAUGUUCUUGUAGAUUAAAGCACGGUAAGAAGAAUAGUUAUAAGGGUAAUAGAAAAUUUCUUCCUCGCUACCAUCCAUAUCGAAAGCAAAAGAAGGCAUUUAAUGGUGAGCAAGAGUUUGGGGAACCUCCAUCGCCAUUAAGUGGGGAAGAGGUGUUAAAGGAGGUAGAAGGGAUAAAAACCAUUUGA